GCGGAUGCGGACACCGGAAGUGAACGUCAUCGACACAGUAACGGACCAAAAUAAGCAGCGGCAGCGCAGAAAGACAGCCGCUUCUUGAGAGGAAAAUGUCGUUGCGGGUUUUAUCCGAGCUUCUGGGAUGAUCUGUGUCUUCAGAGGUCGUUUCGAGGCAUUGCGGAGGCUGUCGUGUUGCUAGAUGGAGUCUGAGCAGCUGUUCAACAGAGGCUUCGGCAGGAACAGCUACAACAGCAUCACCAGCGCCAGCAGCGACGAGGAGCUCCUCGAUGGUGCCGGCGUCAUCAUGGACUUCCACACCACCGAGGACGACAACCUGCUCGACGGGGACGCUUCUCCAGGGUCGAACUACGCCAUGUCUAAUGGAGGGGGCGGAGCUGGGGCCAGUAGCUCCACCCACCUGCUGGACCUGCUGGAGGAGCCCAUUCCAGGCGUGGGAACCUACGACGACUUCCACACCAUCGACUGGGUCAGAGAGAAGUGCAAAGACCGAGAGCGACACCGCAAGAUAAACAGUAAAAAGAAGGAAUCGGCAUGGGAGUUCACCAAGAGUCUGUACGACGCCUUCUCUCUCUCACACACACACACACACACACACAUUCCCUCAGGAGCGUUAGCCGGAGUGAUCGACAUCGUGGCCGACUGGAUGAACGAUCUGAAGGAGGGCGUGUGUCUCAGUGCCAUGUGGUUUAAUCACGAGCAGUGCUGCUGGGACUCCAACGAGACCACCUUCGCCGAGAGAGACAAGUGUCCUCAGUGGAAGACGUGGGCCGAACUCAUUCUGGGGCAGGCCGAGGGUCCCGGCUCCUAUAUAAUGAACUACUUCAUGUUCACGUUUUGGGCGCUGUCCUUCGCCUUCCUGGCUGUGUCUCUGGUGAAGGUGUUUGCGCCGUACGCCUGCGGCUCUGGAAUACCUGAGUGGUAAUCGCUCAUAGAUAAUGUGCAUGGCCUUAGUCUGGGGAAGGAAGGUCCGCUGGUCCACGUGGCCUGUUGCUGCGGAAACAUCUUUUCCUACCUCUUCCCCAAAUACAGCAAAAACGAGGCCAAGAAAAGAGAGGUUUUGUCGGCGGCGUCGGCUGCCGGUGUGUCUGUGGCUUUCGGGGCUCCUAUCGGAGGAGUUCUGUUCAGUCUGGAGGAGGUGAGCUAUUAUUUCCCUCUGAAGACUCUGUGGCGCUCAUUCUUCGCGGCUCUGGUGGCGGCGUUCGUGCUGCGCUCCAUCAACCCGUUCGGAAACAGUCGUCUGGUGCUGUUUUACGUGGAGUACCACACGCCCUGGUACCUGUUCGAGCUCUUCCCCUUCAUCCUGCUGGGGGUGUUCGGAGGCCUGUGGGGAGCCUUCUUCAUCCGGGCCAACAUCGCCUGGUGCCGCCGCCGCAAGUCCACACGCUUCGGUAAGUAUCCGGUGUUGGAGGUGAUCACGGUCGCUGCCAUCACUGCUAUUGUGGCGUUCCCGAACCCGUACACGCGGCAGAACACCAGCGAGCUGAUCAAAGAGCUGUUCACGGACUGCGGGCCGCUGAAGUCGUCCCUGCUCUUCCAAUUUUUAGGUAAGUAUCCGGUGUUGGAGGUGAUCACGGUCGCUGCCAUCACUGCUAUUGUGGCGUUCCCGAACCCGUACACGCGGCAGAACACCAGCGAGCUGAUCAAAGAGCUGUUCACGGACUGCGGGCCGCUGGAGUCGUCUCAGCUCUGCCAGUACCGCAGCCAGAUGAACGGCAGUCAGGCGUAUUCCGAGGGAUCGGACGCCGCCGCCACCCCCGGCGUCUACUCGGCCAUGUGGCAGCUCAGCCUGGCUCUCGUCUUCAAAAUCAUCAUGACCAUCUUCACCUUCGGACUCAAGGUGCCGUCGGGUCUGUUCAUCCCCAGUAUGGCCAUCGGGGCGAUCGCGGGGCGUAUCGUGGGAAUCGCUGUGGAGCAGCUGGCGUAUUAUCAUCACGACUGGUUCCUGUUCAGAGAGUGGUGUGAGGUGGGCGCCGACUGCAUCACGCCGGGACUCUAUGCCAUGGUGGGCGCCGCCGCCUGUCUGGGCGGCGUGACGCGCAUGACGGUGUCUCUGGUGGUCAUCGUGUUCGAGCUGACCGGCGGGCUGGAGUACAUCGUUCCUCUCAUGGCGGCGGUGAUGACCAGCAAAUGGGUCGGCGACGCUUUCGGGAGGGAGGGGAUCUACGAAGCCCACAUCCGUCUGAACGGAUACCCCUUCCUGGACGCCAAGGAAGAGUUCACGCACACCACGCUGGCGCGGGAAGUGAUGCGUCCGCGGCGUAACGACCCGCCGCUAGCCGUGCUGACGCAGGACGACAUGACGCUCGCCGAGCUGCAGAACAUCAUCUCCCAAACCAGCUGCAACGGCUUCCCCGUCAUCGUCUCCAAAGAGUCGCAGAGACUGGUGGGCUUCGCGCUGCGCAGGGAUAUAACCAUUGCUAUAGAAAACGCCCGACGUAAGCAGGAGGGAAUAAUGCUGAACUCGCGGGUGUAUUUUACCCAGCAUGCCCCGACCCUCCCGGCCGACAGCCCGCGGCCGCUGAAACUGCGCAGCAUCCUGGACAUGAGCCCCUUCACCGUCACCGACCACACGCCCAUGGAGAUCGUGGUGGACAUCUUCCGCAAGCUCGGCCUGCGCCAGUGCCUCGUGACGCACAACGGGAUUGUAUUGGGCAUCAUCACAAAGAAGAAUAUUUUAGAACAUCUGGAAGAGCUCAAGCUGCACGUGGAGCCCUUGGCGCCUCCUUGGUAUUAUUACAAAAAAAGAUAUCCUCCGUCAUAUGGCCCAGAUGGCAAACCAAGACCCCGAGUCCAUAAUGUUCAACUAGCAUCCCCCUCUUCCCGCUACGAGGAAGAUGAGAGUGAAGAGGAGGUCCGUUUACUGGACAACUCAUCCCUCUGACCACACGCCCCUACGGUACCCUGAACCGCCCAAGUAUAUAAAAAACACUACGCCAGACGGGACCCCGUCCUCUGGAUACUUGCACAAGACUCCAAAACGAGUCUUUCGAGGCAGAGCCUGGCUGCUUGAAAAACUUUUGGGAGAAGCUCGAGUCUUGGACGCCCCAAGUGGAGGAACUUUCUCCAAACGCUAACACGCUAAACUAACUCUCACACGCGCAUGCAAAAACACCCACGACACCUCACGGGACCUGCUUGAUUGACCUCUUAGCCUCCUGCCUGAGAAAAUGCGUCCUAAAGAGGUGAAAGGUCAAGAUGAACCGCUGGAAACAAGGCGAGGAGGGACCUUUCGCCGCAGACCGCCAUGACCCUCACUGCCCCUCCCGAAAUGGACUCUUUAGCUUUGUUUACUUGUAGUGUGUGUGAGAGAUACAAGAAAGACGGUGAACGAGAUCGUGUUUGAACGCGCCCCAACAUUCCAGUUGGGAUCUGAUGCAGUGAAGCCGAAGAAACGUCGAAAAGUGUCCCGUACGUAAUGGAUACGUUGCCCAUGCAAGUGAUUUUUGCGAGCGAUCCGUGAAGAUCAAGUAUUCAGCAUUGCGAAAAGAUCAAGCAUACAAGCGUGGGUUUUGUGAUACCUAGCGAAAGGAUGUUGGGAGGAGAACAGGGUGUACAUCGUCUUAAUUAAUCAUCUUUAAUCUCAACACUACGACGGCCAGUCUAAACCGCAGUGGGAUUGUGGGUAACGAGCCAAACGAGUCUGUCUGGCAGGUCUCUGAGUGCCCACACUUUAUGAAGUUUUGUGCUUUUCGUUACUGGGGAUGAAAAACCAAGACGCUUUUCUUUUACAGCUGCUAUCUUGGCUAUUAUAUUUAAAUGUACUAAGCAACUCCUAAUAGUUUGAAAAUCAAAAAAUGUGACUUGACCAACUUUUUUUAACUUUGCAAACAAGCAUUAAUGUUCAAACUGGUGAAUGUUGGCUCCAGUGCAGUUUAAAUUUCCCAUUCUCUUGUAUGCUCACAUUUCAUCUCACGUGAUUUAACCGUGUCUACUGCUGUUCAUCCUCGUCUGAUUAAUCAAAUGUUUGAUUGCCCUGAAAUCUUACAUUAAACAUCUCAAAUUGUUUAUCCGCAUCUGACGGCUAUCUAAGAACAGGCUCUAAAUGAUAAAUCCCACGAAGAAAUGCCCAGGUCAUAUUUCAUCCCAAAAUAAAAUAUGUAUUUUGUGUAAUGAAAAUGAAGCCCAUUUUGAACCCUAACCCAUUUUAAAUUUCAAAUGAUGCAUAUUUUACCCCCGAAUAGUUAUUUUGAGAAAUUUUAUGUGAAAAAAUAUUGUUCCCAGUACUGAACCAUCAAGCCAAAUUGUCAUGAAAACCAUGUCAAAAUGCAUGUAAAAAUCUUGGUCCUAAAACCAAGCUUCAUUAUGCUAAAUAUUAUUUCCUUUUAAUACAAGGCUGAAAUAUGACCCAGACAUUUUUUAUGACACUAAACAACUACAUGUAAAUACAGGCUAACAACUAAACUGUUUUUGGAGAUGCCAGAUGAUUCAGAUUCAGGCACGACUGCACCGUUUCGUAUUGGCACUGAAAAAGCGAUGAUGAAAUAUGACUGUUAGAGAUCGUUAGAAUGGAAACUCUAGUUCAUUUGUGCUUGCUCCUGUUGCCCCUUCAUUUUUUUUCCCCCUGAGAAAUACAUGGCACAGUUUUGUGUAAAUUUGACACUUGUGGUAACCAUUGCUGUAUGUUAAACUGCAUAUACUAACCUACCAGUUGCACUACCAUCUGUUUUUUCUUAAAUUUAAUUUUGAAUUACAUAUUCGCAUGGUCAUUUCUUUUCCAAAAGAAGGCCGAGGUGUUGUCUUUUAACUGAUUGGUGAAAUUCUGUCCUUUUCCUUUGUUUCCAUGGUGAUUACCACCCCCAUUUUUUUUUUGUUAUACUAGUGCUAGAGUUGUACAAUAUGGAGAAUUUUAUGUAUGAUUGAUUUGAUUGUACAUUAAAAAAAACACAAAUAUGUAAAGAUUAAA